UUCCGCUUCCGCUGUGGCGCCCCCUGGUGCCUCGGCCGCCUGUUUCCCGCCUCAUCUCGCCCUCGGCCUCGCGUCCCGGCGAUGGAAGCGGCGGCGCCGGAGGGCGCGGAGCCGGGGAGCGGCUGCGGCGGCGCGGAGGAGCCCGUGGUCUCCCUGGCGGAGGUGCUGGCCGAGAACGAGGAGCUCGAGAAGGAGGCGCGGGCCGUGCUGGGGGGCAGCGACCACGAGCGCUGCAGCUACUCUCAGGGAGCGGUGAAGAGGCAGGCGUUGUACGCCUGCAGCACCUGCACGCCGCCCGGCGGGGAGCCGGCGGGGAUCUGUCUGGCCUGCAGCUACGAGUGCCACGGCACCCACCGCCUCUUCGAGCUCUACACCAAGAGGAACUUCCGCUGUGACUGUGGAAACAGCAAGUUCAAAAAUCUGCAGUGCAAGUUACUGCCAGAAAAGGGCAAGGUGAAUGCAGGAAAUAAGUAUAAUGACAAUUUCUAUGGAUUAUACUGUACAUGUAAAAGACCUUAUCCUGAUCCUGAAGAUGAGAUUCCAGAUGAGAUGAUCCAGUGCAUAGUCUGUGAAGACUGGUUCCAUGGAAGGCAUCUUGGUGUGGUUCCCCCUGAAAGUGGAGACUUCCAUGAAAUGGUAUGCCAAGCCUGCAUGAAUCACUGCCAUUUCCUCUGGGUUUAUGCGUCACAGUUAGCAGUUCCGACUUUGACCAAAGUGAACUCCCUUGAAGGUGAAGGGCUUUUCCUGAAGGUUAAGGAAAGUGAAGAGCAGAAAAAAGAAAUAAAAAAAGAAAGUGGAGUGAAACACCAGGAAAUGAAAGAAGAAAAGCAAACAGAACAGUUUAACGAGCCUUCCACUAGCUUUGGGUCUGCCUGUCCAGAGGUGGUUACUAAGAGCGAGGAGCCAGUCUGCAAGUUGAAGGAACUCCAGAGCAAGCCAUUUUUAAAAAAAGACAGUGCCACCUUUUGGCCACUGAACUGGAGAAGCAAACUGUGCACCUGUGAAGACUGCUCGAAAAUGUAUUCAGAGCUUGAAGUGCAGUUCCUGACAGAUGAAUGUGACACUGUCUUGGCUUACGAAAAUAAAGGUACCAGUGACCAAGAAACAGAGAGGAGAGAUCCUUUAAUGGACACCCUUAACAGCAUGAACAGAGUUCAGCAAGUAGAACUCAUCUGUGAAUACAAUGAUUUGAAGACAGAACUGACAGACUAUCUCAGGAGAUUCGCCAAUGAGGGAACGGUGGUUAAAAGAGAAGACAUUCAGCACUUCUUUGAAGAGUUUCAGUCACGGAAAAGACAACGGACUAACAGGAUGCAGUACUACUGUAGUUAGACUGAGAGGGUUUGGGUCUGAAAGGACAACUGAGCAAACAAUAUUAAUUGGCAAGCAGCAGCGACAUCUCCAAUAUUUGACUUCUCAUCAAAAUCCUACUGUCCAGGAAAUGUCUUCAUUUUGUCUCAUACUUCCUUUAUUUGUAGCAACUAAAGCGUGAUCCUAACAGGUACAUUAUUGCAUUUA